UCUGCUCCGUGUUUAUUUCCGGAAGUAAGUUAUCAGUGUCAGACUUCACGUCGAGAUUGUUAAACCUCACAUCUUCAACACCGUAACGACAGGUGUGUCCUUAUCGACAGGAUGGCACAUUGGUUUCACAGAAACCCACUGAAGGCAACUGCGCCUGUGUCUUUUAAUUUGUAUGGCGUGGCAGGGAGCCCCGCUGCCAAUAAGAUAUGCAAUGACCUGAGGACAACCAGAGCGAGACUGCUGGAGAUGUUCACUGAUGUCACCUGCAACGCUGAGAUCAUGAAAAACGCCACAGAUGCUUACUUCUCCCUCUUACAAGGCUUCAUCUCAUCCUUGGAUGGAACUACACAGGAGAACAAACUCAGGUUCAUCCAGAACUUCAAGUGGACUGACACCUUACAAGGAAACACACCAAGUGCCCAGCAGGACGCAGUCUUUGAACUCAUCUCCAUGGCCUUCAAUGUAGCCAUGUGGUACACAAAGUUUGCCUCUAGACUAGCAGGCAAAGAAAACAUAACAGAGCCUGAAGCAAAAGAUGUUCACCGGAGCCUGAAGGCUGCUGCUGGAAUAUUCAAAACCCUCAAGGAUACACACAUCCCCCGUCUCAUCACCCCAGCUGAAAAGGGCAGAGACCUGGAGCCCAGAGUCAUCGACGCGUACAUCAUCCAGUGCCAAGCAGAAGCACAAGAAGUGACAAUUGCCAGAGCUAUUGAACUGAAGCACAACGCCACAAUUGUUGCAGCGCUGGCUUAUGAAACGGCAAACUUUUAUCAAAAAGCUGAUCACACACUGAACACGUUGGACCCAGAGUACAGCAGCAAGUGGAGGAAGUAUCUUCAACUGAAGCAGCUCUUUUACAUGGCUUAUGCUUACUGCUAUCAUGGGCAGACACUGCUGGCAAGUGACAAGUGUGGUGAGGCUAUAAGAUCUCUCCAGGAAGCUGAAAGGUGUUACUCCCGUGCUGAGGCUUUGUGUAAAGAGUAUCGACAGACCAAAGGCCCAGGCUCCACAGCCAAACCAUCGGAGCAGCUGUUCUUCCUCAAACUCGGCGGCCUCAUUAAAAACACACUGGAGAAGUGCGAGAGGGAAAAUGGAUUCAUAUACUUCCAUAAGGUGCCAGCCGAGGCACCCGUGCUGGAGUUAAAGGCGAGUUACGGCCUGGCUGAGCCAAUCCCGUUUGAGCUGCCCCCUCUCACAGAGCAGUGCACCCCUGAGGUAUAUGCCACCUUUGACCUGACCAAGGGAGCCAAGAAUGACAAGGCUAAACCCAAGGAGCAGGAGGUGAAACCAAUGAAGGAGCCAGAUCUGAAGCCUCAGAAGGACACGGGCUGCGUCGUCUCCUAAACCUUCCACAGACGUCACUUCCUGCCCUCUUGCCUCAUCACCAUUGAUCGUAAAGAGGGCAUCCAUAUUUCCUUCAGCGUACACCUCCAUAGGAAAAUGUAUUUUUAAAUUAAUCCACGGUGUUUCACAUUUACGCUAAGACACUUUGCAUUGUAUUUGCAAACAACAGACAUUAUCAUUGCAUUUAAGCCAGCGCCAGUUAUGCAUCAUUUCUAUGACAUUUAACACGUGCAGCAUGAAGUAGUCCUGAAAAACAGUGGCAGGACAUUCCGGGUUAAGUUAGGCUACAUGUCAACUGAAAUGUUUACUUUAGAUUUGGUCUUGAUCGUGAAUAAGCCUUAUAGGAAGUGUAGUUUUAUUAAUGGUGCCUUUGGCUGCAGGGUAAACCUGUAUCUUUUUUUUUUUCUUCAGUCCCAUGAGAUGAUUUUAAAAGACAAAGAUCUGCCUAUUGAACUUAAAAAGCCACAUUUGGAAUGAAAACGGAGAAACAUCUUCAAAUAAAACUAUCUGCAAAGAGUAAAUAAGGAUUGACUUUCACACAAUCUAAACAAAUACUUUCCACAUGAGAUUCAUUCCGUGACAAAAUGGACAAGAUGUGCAUGUGUUAUUGCUGGAGCAAGUUUGUUAUAGCUGUAGCAGUUUACAAUCACAAUAUUUAAUUUAGAUCACAUGACAUAUGUACAGUAGUUUUUUUGUUUUUUUCAUUCAUUAGGUGACAUAGCUGUUUUUCUACUUUGACUUUUCAUUAUUGAAUAAUGUUGAAUCAUUCUUUCAUAUGAGAGUAGCCAGUCGGGGAUUUCAUCUCUGGUAGGUCUCGCCUAAUUUCUAUUGUUAUGUAAUGAUUGUUUCGUUGACAACGUGAAAAACACUUAACAGCAGUAAGCGGUUCUAUUUAUCUUGAGUCAUAUGUUUGUGGUGAUGUUGAUUUUCAUUAUGUAUUUCAUUAAGUAAAUACAUCAAAGUCACUGAUGUAUACGACGCUCACCCCUUCUAAAACAAUGUAUGUGCAUGCACUUAAGUGCAUUUACUGUGUUACCCUUUUCCUUAAAGGUCUAAUAUGCAAUAUUGCUGUCUUUUAGUUGAGCACACGUUAGUCUCAAACAAAAGCCAGUUGUCAACAAAGACAUCUUCAUGUAUGCAUCACGUUAUGUACGAGUCCAGUAGGAGAAGUAAUCUCCAAGUAAUUUUGGAGCCUUUUGUUGUUUGUAGAUUUCUCCCUCGCUGUAAUUCCAGACCAAAAUUACACCUGUUCAUUACUCUUUCUUUGAAGCCUUUACAGCAAAAGAACAAGCUUUCUUCGGAAGUGAAUCCAGAGAUUCGCCUUCAUCCUGGACACUUUGACCUCCUUUUUUGCCAUCUCACUUUCACAUAUUUGUGCUAUGCGUGUUUACUGUCGGGGUCAUAUUUAUACGUCACAUACAGGACGUGAACUCUGAGCUUUUAAAAAGCAGGUCGUGAAUAUGAUAGAGGGAGUAUUCAACUUGGCGCGUCUUGUAAACAUCUCGAACAACCUCACUUGAAUGCAGUGUGUUUAUAUACCAGGUCUAGUGUUCCUGAUGGGCCCUCAGAGGCUCCAAUAACAGCACACAAAGGAGUGGGACGUCACUCUCUGCUCAAGACAUUGCGUGGGGUUAUAUUCGACCCACACAGUGGUUUCCAUGGUGGCUCCACCCGUGUUAGGUGCCCGCAUGUGAGAUCCAUGUCACAAAAACUAAAAUAUAGGGCCUGCAUAACUUGCCCACUUAGUACCCACUAAGUACCCAGGUAGCCUUAUACUAAGUGGUUAUGGGCCUGAUAUUGUCAGCUUGCCUGAACCUAACACUUAUGGGGACCACAUGGACAUUCUGGCUGAAUAUUCUGUAUUCACAAACUUAAUGUGUUUGUGUACUUGUAUUUGAAUGUUGCAUAUUGGACCUUAAAAUGCAAAGGUUAGGCUAGCACUAGUGUAUAUUUACGUCAACCAGUCAACAUAAUGGUAAUGGAAGAGCACCUAAAAUUGUUUUUUGUGCAGCUACAACGCUGCUCUCCCACUCAAUAUGGCCGUAGAAGACCAAGCAUAAUUACCAAUUGCUGGGAAAAUGUAUAAACUGUAAUAUACAGCUCACAUGUACUAUUUCAUGUCCCUACGUGUAUAUAAGCUUGCAUAUUUUAUCCAGUUGUGCAGGUAUUUCCGUUGGUUAAGACACUUUUCUGAUUUGUUUGUGACAGAUGGAGAGUGAAUGUAAUUGAGAAGCAUUACUCCGACAGGCGCUAGCUCUGAAUGUUUAUUAAAAUGGCGUGUCCAAAUGAUCAUAACAAUGUAACACACUCCUGUAGUUCUGUAUUCACUCUCUCAUGGUGUCUCUCAUGUAUAAUGUAUUUCAAAUGGUAUUAAAUCAUUCAUUUAAACUCUA